UAUGUCGACUUUGAUCGACGGUUUGAAUUUUGAAUUUUCGCCCUCCGUCUCGUUUUCUCUGCUUCGACGCGUGUGCUGUUUACAAAAUAUUCACCCGAUCGGACGAAAUCUUUUUCGCGAUUAUGGCUUUUUUAGUGGAUUUUUAGAGUUUUCCUCGAGUGGGUCCAUUUAUUUGUUAUAAUUUGUGAUUGGGAAAGCGAGUGGAAGUGUUUGUGAGUGGAAAAAGUCCAAAAGUUCGGAUUAAUUGGAUGUUUUUGUGGGUGCUUUGCAAUCAGUGCAAGAAAUGAAGCUCGUAACGGACGCUAGCUGUGAGGCUCUCGAGCCGGUCCGGAUUGCCAUUCGCGAACGUCCAGUUGGAAGCGAUGAAUCGAUGGAAAGCAUCAUUCAGCACCAUAGUGCCAACGAUCAAAUUCUGAUUGUGGACGAGAGGCCGUUUGCGUUCGAUUAUGUGUUCCGGCCGGAAUCUUCCCAAGCGCUGGUUUAUGACGCUUUGAUCCGGCCGCUGGUGGUCAAAAUGAUCAAUGGAUUCUUCUGUACUGCUCUGGCGUACGGUCAGACGGGAACGGGGAAGACUUAUACGAUGGGACUGCAGUGGGAUCACAGCGGACCGCACGAUAUUAAUCGGGGAAUGAUAACGAGAGCUUUGGAUCAGACUUUCGAGCUGCUGAAGGAAUCCCGGGAUCAAGAGGAGUACGAGAUUCAGGUGUCGUUCAUUGAGAUUUACAACGAGAAGAUCUACGACCUGUUGUCGGAGAAUUCGGCUGAGCCGGUCAACACUCGGGGGCUGAAGUUCAAUGGGGGCACGAAAAAGCUCGUUACGCGGGCGGAUCAGGCUCAGGAUAUCCUCUUGGAGGGAAACAAGAAUCGUCACGUUCGACCGACGAAAAUGAAUACGUUAAGUUCGCGUUCGCAUGCCAUUUUUAGCAUUCACGCUUCGGUGGUCCAUGACGAUGCGAGGAUUGUUUCGGCCCUGCAUCUGGUGGAUUUGGCUGGUUCGGAAGGAGUUCGUCGCACCGGGCAUCAGGGAGCGGCUUUGGCCGAAGGAGUCCACAUCAAUCAGGGUCUGCUGAGUAUUGGGAAAGUGCUGCAAGCGCUGUCCAUAGGAAGCAAGGUGAUUCCCUACAGGGACAGUAUUCUUAGUACGGUGCUGCAGGAUUCGCUGAAUUCGAACUCCUAUCUGACGCUGCUGGCCUGUGUUAGUCCCAUGCCGGAGGACUUGAGCGAAACGCUUUCGACGAUUCGGUUUGCCCAAGGGGCUAAAACGCUGAAGAACAAUCCGCAGAUCAAUGCAAUUGCGGCGGAAUUGAAGGCAAAGGAGCGAGUUCGCACACCGGCUAAGAACUAUGUCCCCGGAUCCGGUGCACUCCGGGCCAAAAACCUCAACCCCAAGACACCCAAGUCGGGAGUCAAGCGCCCGAACGGAGCGGCAGGAUCGUCAGUCAAGAAAGUUCAUAGCAACACGUUCUGCACCCCGAGCAAAAUUCGUAAGCUGGACUACGGCAAACUCAACUCGACCAUUGCGCCGGGCACGUUCAACAAACCGGCUCUGCCGCCACCACCUGCCCCAGCUCCGGUGAUCGUUGUUCCACCGACCAAGGCAGCACUGCAGAAGGUGCAAGCUAUGCUGCCACCUCCAUUGCCAGCCGUGCCACGAUUCAGUGACUUGCUGGAGAAGGAUUUUGACACACUGCCGGCCGAUUCCCGGUCGUCCAUGUUCAGCCUGAACCUGUCCAGCUCAACCUCGGUAGAUCAACCUAUUUCCUCUUGCAGCAGCGUGAUCACCCAGAGUACAAAUUCCAGUUAUAGUCCCAUCGUCAAAAAGUGCAUGGAGACAUUCGAAGCCACUAUUGAACAAAAGCUAGCACAAAUGUUUGAAAGGAUCCAACACAUUCAACCGGCAGUUCCGGUGAUUGCCGCCCCGAUUCAAGCAACUGCUCCCUCCAACGAUCAGAUUAUGGUCGAUUGCAGCAACUCACAGCAGUCGGACGCCCCCAGAACCAAUGCAACACCAGCUCCACCGACAUCGGUUCCUGCCGCCACCUCCGGUGCCAUCCCUUGGGACAUGAUCCGCAGGGAAAUUCAGGAUGCAAUUCGUUCCGAGAUGAGCACCAUCAAUGAGUCAUCCCAUCUGCCGAAGUUUGAAAGCACUCCCUGCCACGGGCAAAGCGAACCACGUGUCGCCGGUUCCAAAAGCGUCAAACAGCGAAUCAAUCCCGCGCUGCAACGUUUGAGAGAUCAGGCCAAGAUCGGAGCAGAUGAUUCCGCUGGAGAAGCAGGUCUGAACAGUACGGUUGUGGUCAAUACGAAGACUCCGCGACAUUUCGAGGUCAUCAGCGUGGAUACCGACGAAGAGGACAACGCCGAUGAAAACGGCGUGGUCGUUCGACGAAGACGUUCCAAUAGACUUUCCGGUCAGCGUCAGCCUUUUGGAGAGAUUGACGCCAAUGUAAGCUAUAAGCAAGACGCCACCACAACGUCCAAAACCGUACAGAUAACGAGCGAAGAUACCUACCUCUGGCAGGUGGAUAACGGACAAAUCCGUCGUCGUAGCACACGAAUUUCGAUGCGGAGGACCAUGGCUCAUCAGCACAAGAAAGGAUGCUGUCAGUCGGCCAAGAAAAAGAAACAGCGCUUCGAACCGUUGAUCGAGGAUGAGAAGGAGAACGACCAUCAGGAACAUGUAACGCAUCGUAGCAAAGCCAUUCCGCUGACCAUCAGCAAUAAGGUAAUCGCGGGAUACUUCCAAACUCCAGGCGGUGGUAAAAAGGAGCCUAAAAUGACGGCGCUCAAGCAUGGUAAAGCCGUGCUGGACUUGGUCAAUCGUGGCAGCAUCAAGGAGGUGCAGAUUCUUCCCACCGUUGGGCUGAAAAUGGCCUACCAAAUUGUCACUCAUCGAACAAUAAACGGAAAGUUCAAAAAGAUAGAUGAUCUGGCGAAGCUUUUCGUCGGAGGCAAGAAAUGGAACAAAUUUUGCGAGGCGAAUUACUUAUCAUAAAGGCUGCAAGGCUGUAAGUUUGAAAUGGGCGAGCUGCUUCAAGCUGUGAGUUUUCUGCGUGGUCUCGUAUUCCUUAACAAUUCGAUUUUUAGUCGGUAAGUUCAUUUAGCUUCCAUUUCCGCGAUUCAUCUGUCGACAACCCACCUUCAUUUGCAACCCACCCAAUAGCACUACAUAUAUACAGAAGAUAUAAGAGACAUAUUUGUUCCAUAAGUAAGCUUAUUUUCAAGUGUAGUUUUUCCAAUCGAACUUUUAUAAUAGUAGUUAAAAAGCUCCAUCAUCGAAUCGGUGAGGUUUAUUUUGAUAAAUACGUUUGAUUUGGUUCAUAGAAUAGACGCUCAAUAGAGUCCAAUAUCUGGAUGAUGAAAAUGUAAUAGCGGUAAAUUUGUGUCUAUUCGGAGAUUUCUUUGAAUUGAAUAUACUUGUGUAAGUUCCUUCUCUCUUCGAUAUA